AAAGGAUUACAAUUUUAACUCGAUCUUCAAGCUUAGAAGUCGAGAUUGACAACAUAGUAGAUACUCCACCAGCAUAUGAAGAUGCUAUCAGAGAAACGCCUAAUGCUUCUUUAAGAAUAACUCAAGGUUAA